AUGGUGUCCAUGCUCCAAAGUGUCAGGGAUCCACUGUCCUCCCAAAGCACCUUCGAGAGCGCCCCUGGAGGCGAGUCCGUGUCCCAAGCCGAGUCCCAAAUGUCCGGCUCCAAGUCCCAGAUGUCCCGCUCCAAGUCCCAGACCGUAACCAAUCGCAGCUGGUGCUACGAUUCCGGCAUGUCCGAUGAUUCCAGCGUGGCCGAUGCCAGCUCCGCCAUGGACCGGAUUACUCGACUGAGAUCUAAGAGUCACAGUCGCUGCUUGAGGUCUUACCAUGAGGACGCUUUAAUUAUCACUUGGAAAUAACAGGAAAAAGCUGUCAAAUAUCAAAACGCCGGCGAUACCCAAUUUGGGCCGUUAAUUACCCCUAUUUAAAAUAAUGCUGAAUUUGCUUUCUAUAGGCAAAGUAGUGAAAUAGAAAACAGAAAAGUAAACGACUAUGCAAAGCCUUACAUUUCGAUUGUUCGAAUAUCGCAUUUUCAUUGAAAUGAAAAAUUAAAAUUUUCCUGUCAUUUCCAUUUUCAAGUGAUGUACUUGUGAUGUAUUAGUGACUGUAUUUGAAGAAGAUGUAAUUGCUUAUUUUAACU